AUGUGGCUGCUGAGUACCGACCGCGCCGAACUUCACUACUUCAGCUCUCCAGAAGAUGUACCGGGCGGCUACGCGAUCCUCUCCCACGUGUGGAGCAAGUCCCCAGAACCUCCAGAGCAGACUUUUCAGGACAUACGACGCCUUCAUCGCCGAAGAUCUCGGUGGAAACUGGGCUCAAACCCGCUCAAGAAAGCGUCGCCGAAGAUCCGCGAAUCCUGCAAGCUCGCGGCGCGACACGGCUUCAAAUGGCUCUGGAUAGACACCUGCUGUAUCGACAAGACCAGCAGCGCAGAGCUCUCGGAGGCGAUCAACUCGAUGUAUCGCUACUACUCCCUCGCGGAGGUCUGCUACGCCUAUCUUUCCGACGUCCGUCCCGUGCGAUCCGGCAAGUCCGACGCGAACGACCACGAUCCAAGCGUCCUCGGAGAAGCGGCUUCGGAUCCUGCGGUGUACCCAUGGCCGCUCGACACGUUCGGAGGCCCAUUCGAAGUCCAGUAUGGGGCGGAAGACGAGUGGGACUCGCGCAGCGAGAACGGGAUGACCACGGGCGAGCGGUUCCGCGCGAGGUUCCGCGGGAGCAAGUGGCACACGCGCGGAUGGACGCUGCAAGAGCUGCUCGCGCCGGAGCUCGUCGUCUUCCUCUCCGCGGACUGGGACGUGCUCGGGACCAAGGCCGAGCUCGCGGACCUCCUGGAGCAGGCGACGAGCAUCCCGCGCAGCGUGCUCGCGCUCGAGACGGCCGUCGCGGACGUCAGCGUCGCGCAGCGCAUGUCGUGGGCCGCGCGCCGGGAGACGACGCGGCUGGAAGACGAGGCGUAUUGCCUGAUGGGCAUCUUUGGGGUCAACAUGCCGACGCUCUACGGGGAGGGGCGGCGCGCGUUCCAGCGGCUGCAGGAGGAGAUCAUGAAGCAGUCUCCCGAUACCUCGCUGUUCGCGUGGGGCGAGGUGCAGCAGCUUGUCCUCGCCGACGAUCGGCGCUACUGGCAAGAGGAUCGACCUCGGGAUAGUGACUCCCCCACGCUCUUUGCGUCUUCCCCUUCCGCGUUCGUGGGCUCGCAGGUGGUAUUCACACCGCCAUCAACUCGACGCCACCGCAACCGCCCCAAAUGGGAUGCCGCCCGGCAUCCUACCUUUUCUGUCACCUCGCAUGGCGUCCUUGCGAGCCUUCCAAUCAUAUCAUUGUCAUCUGGCGAACUCCUGGGUAUCGUAUUCAGCGCACUCGACGACACUCAACUCGCUCUUCGACUCGAACGCAGUCCGGAUGCUACCAGCCCUGCUGGGCCCCUUUAUCGUCUCUGCAGUCCAAGGCUCGCCUUCGUCUUCGCCGACCCGUCCAUCCAUCCAUCCUUGUCUGGCAGCACCUCUUCCCCCCGCCCCCAAUGGAAAGAGUUGUACAUUGCUCAGCGCACCACUCCCACUGUCUCCGUCGCACCUUCGGGCGGCUCCGGCGCACUCAACCGCACGCUGACAGCCCCCUUCCGCGUCCCUCGCGCUACGCUCACCGCGAUGCGUGCCAACGGGGCACGCGUCGUGUUGCCCCCAAACCCCGCUGUCCCACUCGACUGGCGCGGAUGCCCGCCGCUCGCGCUCCGGUACAUCGACGGGCUGGUGGGACUGGUCGUACGACUCGGAUGCUGCUGCUCCUGCUCGCGCCCACAGAGGCAUCGGACUCCAUCCACGAGGAGCGCGUUAUUGCUGCCUACCGACCUCGGGAGACUGCCCCUCCCAUCCCCGAUUCCAUUCUCCGGACUCCCAGAACGUCCUGGGCAAUACGACAGGCUCGACACGGCCCGGGCGCGACUGGCAUGUCCGCCACACCACAACAGCGGGGAGCCUUGGGCCACCGUGGAACGCUGUAGCGACACCGUCGCUCGCUCGGAUCCUCGAGACCACGCCCAAUGGACCUACGAUGCGCCACCUCCAGCCCCGGGUCCUACCCAUGACUGCAAUCGCGACCACGUCCGUUCGUGGGCGGACGGCGCGCGGAUCGUCGAGCUGCCCGCGAACGCGGGGAUGGCGACGCCGCGGUUCUCGGUGUUCGUCCGGCUGUCGUUCAGGCCGUCGCGGCUAUGCCCGGGCGCGCUCGAGCUUCAUCUGGAGCACGUAGAUCUGGGGACCGUGAUUGGGUCUAGGGCGGAGCUCACGAGAUUGUAG